GGAAUAAAAAAUAAAAAUCGAGGCCCCGUUGGGAAGUCACAUCUCCAGACAGUCCACCAGCUAAACUGAAAGUGUGAUGGCACCUUAGCAUCCUUCCAGGGCCGCGAGAUGACCACCCCCGGCGCCCUGCACGACCACAAGACAUGCCUGCACACCCCGGAGUCAGACUACUUAAUUGGAAAUGGAGUGCGUCAGCGGGGGAGCUUUCCAGACCAAGAAGAAAUUCCUCACUAUUUCAUUCGGCCAUUCAAGGACAAGGGAGGCACUCUGUCAUGGCUUGAGAGCUUUGUCCGAGAAGUGCGGUGGCUGUGCCAGCAGCGGGAGGCCCAGCAGACCCUGGUGCUGGUGGUGGUGAACCUGGCAGCCACACUCCUACUGGUGUCCUGGUGCCACGCCACCCGCAGCAUGGCUCUGAUGGCCUACACAUACCUGUCAUGGUUCAGCCUUCUAAGCUUGAUUACGUGUCUGGUGUAUGUAUGGGCGGAGGGACAGCAGGCGACAAGCUCCUUCACCUUUGGGUACCAGCGCUGUGAGGUGUUGGCAGUGUUUGCCUCGGUGAUGCUGUCGUUGCUCGGCGCCGUCAUCAUUGUGAAGGAAUGUAUUGAGCGCUUCAUCCAGCCCGAGGCGGUGCAGACAGGCAUGCUGAGUAUUGGAGGUGUAUUGGGCCUCUUCCUGCACCUUGGGAUGACCUCACUCUCACGCAACCCCCCACUAGCACAGGUCCUGCGUGCCUCCCAGUCCUCCCUCCUGCAGGAACAUGUAGCUGACAUGUGCCACAGCCUCUGCAACUACAUUCCAUCUCUGACAAGGAUCCUGCUGCCCAGAGUUGAUCCCUUGGUCCUCAUAUCAAUCACAGGAUUUCUUGCAAUUCUGGCAGACCAUCUCAUCCUCCAGAUAUACAACUACCAGCAGGCUGACAAUGUGGCAGCGCUUGUCAUUGCACUGCUCACCAUCGCCACCAUGUUUCCUCUGUGCUUGUGCUCAGCCACCAUACUCCUCCAGACCACACCACCAAGCACCUUCACCCAGCUGGACAAGUGCUUGCGGGAGGCUCUCACCCUGGAUGGCGUCCUUGAGUUCCGCCACGAGAAGUUCUGGGCGCUGGGAGUGGAGGAUCCGUCACACAGGACCACCGCCAACAGGCACCCCAGUGGGUUCAUGCUCACUGGCAGCCUCCAUGUCAGGAUUCGCCGCGACGCCAAUGAGCAGAAGGUGUUGGCGCACGUGAGGGAGCGCUUGUCCCCUCUGGUGCCACUCCUGACAGUGCAGGUCUUCAAGGAUGACUGGACACGCAGCGCCACCACUCUGCAGCUCCUGAACGACUCAGCCCGUGCCCUUGCCACCUCGCCCUCACACUCCCCUCACUAUGUCAAUGUCACCUAUCCCCAAGUGUACAGUCCUCUCAAGCCCACUGCUGUCAACUUGCCCCUAACACCCUCCCCAUUCCUGCCCCCACGACCACAGCCCUACCACACCCCCUCGCCCCAGGUGGAAGGCUCCUCAAGGACACCCUUCACUGAUGUCAACAGAGCCUUCAUGGAAGACAGAUCUAGCUGCAGUCACAGUGGCUACAGUCAAGUGAAUGAGAAUGUUGCACCUCAGGAACCUUCAGAGUCUCACAUGCACAGAAUCUCUGGUGGGUGGAGCAGGGGAGUCCCCAGGGAGUCUGCCGUCAAGCCCCAGACAUGGAUGGUUGGGAAGGAGCCGCACAUUCCCAGAGAAGGCCACUCACCCAAGCCUUCUCCACACUAUGUCAAUGUGGAUUUCUCUGCCAGGUCAGGAAUUUUGCAGAAUGUUGCAGGAACACCUGUCAGUAAUUGCAAUAGCUCCCAUCAUGUUCCAAGAUAAUGUUAAGUAGAGGGUUAGUCACACCCCACUAAGACUAAUGAGAUUAGAAGUUAUGUCGAGGGCCUGCGAUUGCUCUCUUAUUUAUUGCCUGAACAAAUAUACCUGUUCAUUCUCCAUCAGCAUCAUGUAGUGUAUGGUAAAUGCUAUAAUAGGCAGCUGGCAUUUGCUUCAUGGUAGUGUUUGCAGGUGUGUGUGUGUGUGUGUGUGUGUCAGUGAGAGAAAGUUAACUUAUAUUUUUCUAAUAACAAACUUUGGUAAGAUAGAUUUACACACACGAAGAGGUGUCUGUCAGACAGACAGGGGAAGGGACGGCAUUUGCCUUGUCUCUUUGUCACUGUUCAAUAUUUUUGCAUAAUCUUAAGUGUGAGAGGGGGAUGAGACUUGCUGGUGCUAGUUCUGUUUUUGAGGUUGUGUCUCAAACACAUCUCCUAAACAGUAUGCUUUCUAUCUCACCAUGGAAGGAUCCACAUACUGUUGCUUAGAGUUACAUUGACAUUGUGAAAGUGCUUUAUUUAAGAUAUACUGGGGAGACGUACAGUCUUGUCGCCAAUUGUGAUUUUAGUCAUCCACUCAGAAAUUCAUGAAAUAAGAUCAUACAGAUCAUAUGAUACACAUACAUACAAAUGUUACAUAUGUAUAUAUUCUUGUGUGCUUGUUUUGUAUGUAGUCACAUUAGUUAUUGUGAAAAUUAACAACUUGACAAUUUAAUUCUUCCUACACAAGUUUGUACUGUUUAAUGUUUCCAGUGUUAGGGAGACAGUGUACUGGAGUGACUUUGAAUACAAUGUUGUCACCUAGGAUGGAACGUGAAGGCAGUGAAAGUGUGCAUGGAAGCACUGCUGCAACUAAAGGUGAAGAAAUGAAUAGUUUAAUGGUUGAACUGAUCAAACACAACACCUUCAUAUAGUUUGGUUGUGUGGAGAGGACAGGAGGCAGUGAGAUGAAAAGGAGGACAUGUACAAAGGAGGAAUGGUUGCUGUGGAUGUGUGGAGUGAGAGGAUGAGGAGAAUGGAGUACGUAAGUGUGGAGUGUGAGAAGAGAAACAAAUGGAAUUUCUUUUGUGAUUACUUGAGGGAGUUCCAAGGAAUGGGUGCCAGAUUAGACUAACCUAGCUGGUGAGAUUGGCCCACAUUCACUCAGUACCAUAACUCCAUAGAAUAAGCUACUUUCUCAUACAAUUCUUACAUCUAUAUUUUAAAUGUUUUUUCUUUCAUUUAGACUUUUAAAGGCCACGGAGAUUUUAACUUGGGUUUUCAUAAGUGUUUUUCCCAUUCAUGAUGCAGAAUUUUUAUUAACCUAUAAAUAGAACCAUGGAAACACCCUUGAAACACCCCAUUAACUUUUGCAACAUUUCUUGAAAGAAGUCUACAGAAGAUGUUGAAAUGUUUGAGUUACACAUCAAUUAAAUGCUGUCUAGGGAGAAAAUGUUCGCUUGGUAAACACCACCACCUCCAUCUCCUCAAGCACACAAUGAUGCAGUGCUUUCAUCCCCUAACAUAGACCAUACACCUCAAAACAUACAAGGAAAAGCGUUGAUAAUCUUGGUCAGGAUGAUAAUGUCCCGGAGUUCUGCUGUCAGAACUGGUCUAUCUGGGGCUUGUUUCCUGGUGAUUCCCUCUCAUAACAACCCUUUAGAUCAGUUUCUGUUUGUAUGAUGCUCCCAUGAGGGCCAUUACACUGCUUACCUUGAGUCAGUGCAAGGAAGGAGGUGAGGCUUAGGAGUCGAGUCAACCUGUAUUUACCUGGGGCUAUUCCUGUGCCUGUCACUUUGAAGAGAAUCAAGGCCUUUAGCAUCGCCUGCUUCUCAUAUUAUGGAACUGUCCAGCUGUAGAAGUGAUGUGAUGAUAUAAUAGGUUAUUGAAGCAUCUAUAAUGUCUAUAAUCUAAUCUCAAUAACUAUUAUUUAUAACAUCAGUUCUUCCUUAUAAUCAUGUAAUAACACAGUUGCUGUUCCAUGUGUCACUUGUAUUUCUCAGCAUUUAUUGUAUGUUUUAAUUGUUCCAAGCUGAAGUAACCUCUCCCUGUGUCAUCCCAACACCGCACUACCUCUCACAUGUAGCCUUACCACCAUGCAAUACCUUGACUCACCUGUCCACUUAGUACUAGAUGUUUUGUUGUUAUUUCACCAUUUUGUAACCAUCCUCUACAGCCUCCUACCAUAACGAUGUCCAUCUAUUUAUUUUGUAAUUAACAACAGCCUUUGUAUGCCCUCCACUGAUCUCUCUUAAGUAAGCUUUUUCCAUUCCUUUAGGCUCAUCUCAUCAAUGUGACUGAAUACACUGCAUGUUUCUGUGUUUACCUUCCCUCCUAAACACAGCUCUUCCCCUUCAUUCUCCUUAACACAGCAGUCAUGUCAUUUACCUGCUUGAACACACUUCCCUCUCCUGCUCCUUCUCCCAUCUUCCAGCAUCUCAUGACAUUGAGUUAAGGAGUCAGCCCUGCACAGUAUGUGUUUCUUUGUGUAAAAUGCCUCUUUUUGUUAUGUGUAUGAUCAUAUUUCAUAAGACAUGAGGUUGAAAAUAAGGUAUGUGUGCUUCUGUUAGUAAUUUAAGUUUAAAAGUGUAUUAAAGUAAGAUUUUGAAAGUGUAAUGAUUUGUUAUACAGACUGUACUGUACACUCUGUCGUAAGGCUGUAAUAAUUAUUUUUGUAUAUUGAGUCAUCUAGAACAGAGAAUUAUAUAAUUAGCAAAGUUAAGAAGAGUUUGACUUACAUACAUGAUCUCAGUGCAUUGGAACCAUGCUGACCUCUGCCUCCAGGUUAUGUAUGUAAUGAGAGAAGAAACUUUUGUCAAAUUUUUAUGUGAAGAUUUAUAGAAUCUGUACCUAGGUAAUAUAUUGGUAUCCUUGGACAGAAAAUAUAUUGACAACUAAUA